AUGGCUGAGCAGGCCACCAAGUCGGUGCUGUUCGUGUGUCUGGCCGGUGGUGGGGCCGUGGGACAGUGGGCGGGUGGGGCCGAGCCCCUGACUCUCCCCGUUGCACCCGCAGUCGUCGAGGUCAACAAGAGGGACAUCGUGUUCCUGGUGGACGGCUCCUCGUCGCUGGGCCAGGCCAGCUUCAACGCCAUCCGCGAGUUCCUCUUCAAGGUCAUCCAGAGGCUGGAGGUCGGCCAGGACCUCGUGCAGGUGGCCGUGGCGCAGUACGCGGACACGGUCCGGCCCGAGUUCUACUUCAACAGCUACCCCGGCCGCAGGGAGGUACAGGCGGCCGUGCGCAGGAUGAAGCCCAUGGACGGCGCCGCCCACUACACAGGCUCCUCGCUUGACUUCGUCCGCGAGCGCCUCUUCUCCAACGCCGCGGGCCACCGGGCCUCCGAGGGCGUCCCCAAGCUGCUGGUGCUGGUCACGGGCGGGCGCUCGCUGGACGCCGUCAGCCGGCCGGCCCAGGAGCUCAGGCGCGCCGGCGUCAUGGCCUUCGCCGUGGGCAGCCAGGCAGCCGACGAGGCCGAGCUGCGGGAGGUGGCCUUUGACGCCUCCCUGGUGUUCACGCCCGCCUCUCCUGCACUGUCCUCCCUGGUCCGCACCGCCCCCCUGCACGCCCUGCUGCCCAGCCUGCUGGCCCCGCUCAGGACCCUCUCCGGGACCUCGGAAGCUCACGCCAACCGGAGGGAUAUCGUCUUCCUCCUGGACGGGUCCCUGGACGUGGGCGAGACCAACUUCCCUUACGUGCGGGACUUUGUGUCCAGCGUGGUCCGCGGCCUGGACGUCGGGCGCGACGGCAUCCGCGUGGGGCUAGUGCAGUUUAGCGACACUCCGGUGACCGAGUUCAGCCUAGACACUUUCCACGCCAAGGCGGACGUGCUGGCUCGCCUGGGGCAGCUGCGGCUGCAGGGGGGUGCGGGCCGGAACACGGGGGCCGCCCUCGGCCACGCGCUCGCCCGGCUCUUCACCCCCGCGGGCGGCAGCCGCAUCGCCGACCACGUGCCGCAGCUGCUGCUCCUGCUGGCGGCCGGGCUGGCCCACAACGCCUACCUGCUGGCCGCCCGCAGCCUGGCCCGCGCGGGCGUGCUCACCCUGUGCGUGGGCGCCAGCGCGGCCAGCCGGGCCGAGCUGGAGCAGAUCGCCUUUAACGCGGGCCUGGUGUACCUCAUGGACGAGCUCAGCUCCCUGUCCACCCUGCCAGCCCAGCUCGUCCAGCCCCUGAGCACCUACGUGAGUGGGGGCCUGGAGGAGCUGCCGCUCGCCCAGCCAGAGAGCAAGCGGGACGUCUUGUUCCUGCUGGAUGGCUCGGCCAACCUGGUGGGCCAGUUCCCCGCCGUGCGCGACUUCCUCUACAAGGUCGUCGAGGAGCUGGACGUGCGGCCGGGCGGCACGCGGGUGGCCGUGGCACAGUUCAGCGACGACGUGCGGGUGGAGUCGCGCUUCAGCGAGCACCAGCACAAGGCGGAGCUGCUGAGCCUGGUGAAGCGCAUGAAGAUCAAGACGGGGAAGACUCUCAACCUGGGCUACGCGCUGGACUUCGCCCAGCGGCAGCUGUUCGUGAAGGCGGCCAGCAGCCGCGUGGACAAGGGCGUGCUGCAGUUCCUGGUGCUGCUGGUGGCCGGCAGGUCCUCGGACGGCGUGGCCGGCCCGGCCCAGGCCCUGCGCCAGAGUGGCGUGGUGCCCUUCAUCCUGCAGGCCAAGAGCGCCGAGCUGGCCGAGCUGGAGCUCGUCGUGCCCUCCCGCGCCUUCAUCCUGGUCACCGAGUCGCUCCCCAAGAUCGGGGACCUGCAGCCUCAGAUUGUGAACCUCCUAAAGACGGUGCAGAACGUCUCCAGGGCGCGGUCACCCGGCCCCUCCCUCCCAGUGUCCAGCGAGAAGGACGUGGUGUUCCUCCUGGACGGCUCCGAGAGCGUGCGCGACGGCUUCCCGCUGCUGCAGGCCUUCGUGCAGAGCGUGGUGGAGAGCCUGGACGUGGGCCCCGACCGCGUGCGCGUGGCGCUGGUGCAGUACAGCGACCGGCCCCGGCCCGAGUUCUACCUCAACUCCCACCCGGACAGGCAGAGCGUGGUCAGCGCCGUGCGCCAGCUGAGCCUGCUGGGGGGGCCCAGCCCCAACACCGGGGCCGCCCUGGACUUCAUGCUGCGGAACAUGCUGGUGGAGUCCGCGGGGAGCCGCAUCGCCGACGGUGUCCCCCAGCUCCUGGUGGUCCUCACGGCCGACAGGUCGGGCGACGACGUCCAGGGCCCCGUGGCCGCCCUGAAGAGCGGGGGGGGGGGGGCCGUGCCCAUCGGCAUCGGCAUCGGCAACGCCGACAUCAGCAAGAUGCAGACCAUCUCCCUCCUGCCCGACUUCGCCGUGGCCAUCCCCGACUUCUGGCAGCUGGACACCGUCCAGCAGGUGCUGUCCGAGCAGGUGGUGCAGCUGAGCCGGGACGAGGUCGCCCGGAUACGGGAGUCGGUGCUUCCAGGUGUGGGCAGCAAGAGGGACAUCGUCUUCCUCAUCGACGGCUCCCAGGCCGCGGGCCCCGAGUUCCAGCACGUCCGCACCUUCCUCGAGAGGCUGGUGGGCUUCCUGGAUGUGGGCUUGGACACGACGAGCGUGUCGGUUGUCCAGUUCAGCGAGGACCCCCGGGUAGAGUUUCUGCUGAACACGCACUCGAGCAAGGAGGAGGUGCUGGGCGCCGUGAAGGCGCUGCGGCCCAAGGGCGGCCGGCAGGUGCACUUGGGCGGCGCCCUGGAGUUCGUGGCCAAGAACAUCUUCAGGCGGCCCCUGGGCAGCCGAAUCGAGGAGGGCGUCCCCCAGUUCCUGGUGCUCAUCUCCUCGGGGAGGUCCAGCGACAAGGUGGACGAGCCAGCGGCUGAGCUCAAGCGGGUGGGCGUGGCCCCGGUCACCGUGGCCAGGAACGCUGACCGAGAGGAGCUGCUCAAGAUCUCCCUGAGCCCCGAGUACGUGUUCUCCCUGAGCACCUUCAGGGAGCUGCCCAGCCUGGAGCAGAAGCUGCUCACGCCCAUCACCACGCUGACGGCCCGGCAGAUCCAGCAGCUGCUGGACGCCGCGCCCUACCCGCCCCCAGACCUGCCCAGCGACGUGGCCGACAUCGUCUUCCUGAUCGACAGCUCGGACGGCGUGAAGCCCAACGGCCUGGCCCACAUCCGGGACUUCGUGGGCAGGAUCGUGCGGAAGCUCAGCAUCGGGCCCAGGCGCGUGAGGGUGGGGGUGGUGCAGUUCAGCAACGAGGUGUACCCCGAGUUCUACCUGAAGACCUGCAAGUCGCAGGGCCCCGUGCUGGACGCCAUCCACCGCCUGCGCCUCAAGGGCGGCUUCCCCCUCAACACCGGCAAGGCGCUGGAGUUCGUGGCCAGGAACUUCUUUGUCAAGUCGGCUGGGAGCCGCAUCGAGGAUGGGGUGCCCCAGCACCUGGUGCUCUUCCUGGGCGGCAGGUCCCAGGAUGACGUGUCUAGGUUCUCGCAGGUCAUCAGGAACUCGGGCAUCACGAGCUUGGGCAUCGGGGACCGGAACAGCGACAGGACCGAGAUGCAGGUCAUCGCCAACAGCCCGGGCCAGGUGCUCACCGUGCGGGAGUUCAGGGAGCUGCCCCGGGUGGAGGACAAGGUGAUGGGCUCCUUCGGCUCGCCCAGGGUCACGCCUGCGCCUCCCGACGUGGACGCGUCCUCCCCGUCACGGCCAGAGAAGAAGAAUGCAGACAUCGUGUUCCUGCUGGACGGGUCCAUCAACUUCCGGAGGGACAGCUUCCAGGAGGUGCUGACCUUCGUGUCGGGGAUCAUGGACACGCUCUACGAGGAGGGCGACUCCAUCCAGGUGGGCCUGGUGCAGUACAGCUCAGACCCCACGGACGAGUUCUUCCUGCGGGAGUUCUCCAGCAAGCAGCAGGUCCUGGACGCCAUCGGCAAGGUGGUGUACAAGGGCAGGCGCCACGCCAACACCAAGGUGGGAGUCCAGCACCUGCAGCUGCACCACUUCGUGCCUGAGGCGGGCAGCCGGCUGGACCAGAGGGUCCCGCAGAUCGCCUUCGUCGUCAUGGGCUGGAAGUCGGUGGAGGACGCGCAGCAGGCCAGCCUGGCGCUCACGCAGCAGGGCGUGAAGGUGUUCUCGGUGGGCGUGAGGGACGCCGAUUCCCAGGAGGUGGGCAGGGUCGCGUCCAACAGCGCCACGGCCUUCCGAGUGGGCUCCGUCCAGGAGCUGUCGGGGCUCAGCGAGCAGGAGCCACGUCGUCACACCCAGUGCCCCCAACAGUGGGCGCGCGGGUUCCUGGCCCAGUUCUGGGGUCCCACGUCCAGGAGGGAGAUGGAUAUCACGACCAGCUUGCCGCCCUUGCAGUCUGCCCCCUGGACCCAUGGCUGCACGGCCUCUUGCAUGCGCCCGCUCAGCCUCGCUGGGCUUCUAGAAGCUUCUCUCCCCACGGCCUCCCUCCCUCCCUCUCGCUUUCCUCCCACCGCCCACGCCGCCUUGUCACAGCAGAUGCAGCUUGACAGAAGCCAGUGGGAUAAGGUGCUGUGGCACCUUCCCGGGCCGGGCAGAACCGGUUUCGGGGUCUCUCCUGUGUUAUUCCCGCGGCCCGCAUGGAUCAAAGCAGGUGCCUGGUCUGUCCACGAGCCCCUCGCUCAGGUGUGGCCCCUGGAAAGAAUCCAGUAGACAAAGUGGACGUAGAGUCAGGGCCACGUCCACGCGGGCUCUGGCCGGCUUCGUGGCACACGCCCCGUGGCCGCAUGGAAAGCCUGAGGCCGGGGGUCCAGGCCCACCCGAGACACACAGGCCCUGCAGGCCACAGCCCCCCCCCCGCCUCCGCUGCCAUGCUGCCCUCCUGCUUCAUCACGCCCCACCGCACGCCAGCCCACUGCCACCUGCAGGACGCACUCUGCCUGUGUCCCAGGCGGCCCCUGCCACGCGUGGCCAUGUGUGUGCCGUGCGGCGGGCACACAUGGUCCCCCCGUGUCCGUCUCACUCUGUUCUCUGUGCCCACGCAGCUCACGCCAACCGGAGGGAUAUCGUCUUCCUCCUGGACGGGUCCCUCCGGCCCUCACUGGACGCUGCCCUGUCCCUCGCAGAGAGCAAGCGGGACGUCCUGUUCCUGCUGGACGGCUCGGCCCACCUGGUGGGCCAGCUCCCCGCUGUCGCCGCUUCCUCUACAGUCAUGGAGGAGCUGGACGUGCAAUACUGCUCCCCAUCAGCAUGACCGCCCCCAGGGCAGGAGGACCGGGAGCAGCGACAACAGAACUGGGUCGGUUCCAAUCUUACGGAGCAGCUGUGACGCUCCCUGUACUGUAGCCGUGACGGCAUCUCCGACCAAGUCAGGCCUCUGGGAAUAUUAUCCCUGGAGCAGAGAGUCAUCCAACUCGGCCUUUCGGCUGUUCUCCUCAAGGGUCUCUUUCUUCUUCGUCUCUACCGUCCAGACAAGGCUCUCCGGUAGCCAUCUCGGCUCAUGUUGAUCUCUGGAAAAUAUACAAACGUGUCCUCUGCCCCAAGGUAGUAACGGGUCUGGACCGUUCCAGUUACUAGUCACGGGGUCCUUCCAGAGGACCUCAGGUGUGGGCUGUUGGCCAGGGGAACUUUUCCAAAAUUUGUCCAAAACGCUGAGAGUCCAUACUGAUCCAAGCUAAAAAUGUUUAAAAUUAAAAGAGAAAUUAAAAGAGGAUAAUUUAACAAAUUGUGUCGGGUAGGCUUGCAAUUCACCACCAUCUCCUUCUUUAUUCUUUUUAAUUUUUGUAACGAGUGGACUGAUAGCACAGCAGGUAGAGCGUUUGCCCAGCAUGUGGCCGACCCGGGUUCAAUUCCUCUAUCCCUCUCAGAGACCCCGACAAGCUACCGAGAGUAUCCCGCCUGCACGGCAGAGCCUGGCAAGCUACCUGUGGGCAUAAUCGAUAUGCCAAAAAUAGUAACAACAAAUCUCACAAUGGAGACGUGACUGGUGCCCACUCAAGCAAAUUGAUGAGCAACAGGACGAGAGUGCUACAGUGCUAAUUUUUGUAGCAUAAUUUUGAGGGAGCACUCAACAUAAUUUUGGCACGCUCAACAAUUGCUUGUCCUCGAGGAUUGUAAGGAAUACUGGUAACAUGUUUUACACCAAAGGUUUCACAAAAUUUUGCAAAUGCUUCAUUAACAUAACCAGGAUCAGUAUCUGUCUCAAAUUGGUUGCUUAUUCCGUAAAAGGCAAAUUGAGCUGCCCGUGGACGGAGCUUCGGCCUCUGCCUCCCUGCAGCCUGGCUGACUGUGACUGAGGUCCCACACCGUCCCACACACGGCUGUGCGUGUCCCUGAGGUGCCUGGGGCACAGGUCACUAUUGCUUCCCGAGGCGCCCAAGGCCACGCUCCCGAGCAGUUGCCAGCGUGGCUGGGCUGGGGGCAGCGCCUGCCCACACCCUGUCACUUUCCGGCUGCGGACAGGCCUCACCCCAAGCCGAGUCUUUUGAGGUGUCCUGGUGCGUUUCCCAGUGAGCAGCUGAUUCAGCGCCGUUGCACAGGGGCCUGCCUGGAGGGCCCUGACGGGAGCCUCAGGAAUGGAAUAGCUGUGAGACGUCAUGUUCUGGUCUAGAAGUCUUUUGUCCCUUAAAUGACUGUGUGACGUGGAGACUGACCCGGGCCUCACAUGCGCAAGGCAAGUGUGAUCGAAGCUACACCCACCCCUUCACUGUCACUGUCAUUGUCAUCCCGUUGCUCAUCGAUUUGUUCAAGCGGGCACCAGUAACGUCUCUCAUUGAGAGACUUAUUGUCACUGUCUUUGGCAUAUCCAAUACGCACAGGUAGCUUGCCAGGCUCUGCCGUGCGGGCUCCAUACUUUCGGUAGCUUGCGGGGCUCUCCGAGAGGGGCAGAGGAAUCGAACUCAGGUCGGCCAUGUGAAAGGCGAAUGCCCAACCACUGUGCUAUCGCUCCAGCUCAGCUGGUUUAUUUCAGUCAUUUUCUUACCGAUUUGCAGCAAGUCCUUAUCUCCUGGAGACGUCACUCCUCGUAUCAAGGGUGCUCUCUCUCAGUCUGCCACCAAUGCCGGCCUCUCCACAACAGAGUUUAAAAAUAAACAGGCGCCAAAACGAGAGAGUAAGAGGAAAUGUGCCUGC